CAGAAGCCCAGUCACUUGUCGACCACAGUGUGAUUCAUGGGAUAGUAAUGGCCUCGACUUGGGCUUCUUUAUUUCCUGGGGUCGACCCUUGUACCAUUCCCAGCGGUCCACCUCCUAGAGGCCAAACCAGCAACUUUGAUGAUCCGACAGAGCUGCUCAAGAACUUGGUGAUAUAUCUUACAGUCAUCCCCACUGUCUUGGCCAUUAUCUUUGCCUCUGGGAGGUUAUGGGCAAACUUGAAAAAGCCAACUUGGACUGACGGACUUGUUCUUGUUGCCACGAUUAUUGCAGUAACUCAAAAUGUAUUAUUGGUGACAUUUGUGAAAUAUUACCGCCACAUAUGGGAUGUGCCACUUUGCUGGCUUGGCACACAAUUCUUCCAGCUAACAUUCACGUAUGCGACGUUGACAAGUUUCGGGUGCCUCUUCGCCAAGACCGCAACUUUACUGGUACUGCGACAAAUUUUCCAAAUCUCAAAACAAAUGCAUAUAGCCAUCAUGAUCGGGAUCGCCAUUAAUGUCCUGUUGUAUGGCUUGAGCAUUCCGGUCCUGUCAUACUACUCCACUCCUCAUGUCGGAAAGACUUGGGAUGAUGUGGUCGUUGAUGCGGUCAUGAAUCCUCAAAUUUUUGCUUUCAAAUGGAGCACCGGCCAAGCAGCAGUAGGGUCGGCCCUGGACAUUUACAUAUUCAUUCUUCCUAUUCCCAUUAUUUCCAGACUCAAAUUAUCUACAAGGAAACGGAUGCAACUCAUAGCCGUCUUCGGCACUGCCAUUCUGGGAAUUGCGGCCAGUCUGAUAUCUCUUGUUUAUAGAGUCAAGUCACUUUCAAACACAGAUGCAACGUGGAAUGCUGGUGUUCUCAUGAUCGGCGUUCAGAUUGAACUCACAGUAGCAAUCAUUGUCUGCUCAAUGCCUGGAUUCACUGGUUUGCUCCGGACGAAAAUUCCAGAUUCAAAGCUAGCUUCAGCUCUCCGCUCUUUGCUUGGAAACUUCACUCGCGGCAGUUCUCAUAGCACAGCCCAGAAGUGCACAGAGUUCGAUGCUAUUCAACCAAGCUCUGGACAGGUCGGCCAGAAUGAGCAAAAGGCCGGGUAUUACGAUCUUAGGGAGACACGGCCGAUAGAGAGCGCAGUCAAGGCUGACACGGAACACCAAGUGUAUCCCCUGCGGCCAAUCUACGAUUGGGGUAGUGCCAGAGUCCAAAAUGGUCUGGACGUUGAACAAUUCCAGGCCCCUCGUCAAGUUUUCCAGCAUAAUUAUUCCCCGCGUCAAGCAAGGAUCUGA